AGCCGUUUGUGUCUUCUCGCCUCUCCCCUUCGCACAUCGCUACAGUUUCCCCCUGAGAACACAACCCUCUCCCUCUCUCUCUCUGCGACAUGAUUCUCGGAGUCUUUCGAUGAGGCGCAGAAAUCCCAAAGAAGCAACGGCAACGUAAUCAGAGGUAUUCAUUGAAGACCUCACACAUUCACCACCUCCGUGUGUGACCGACGCGGCUACCGCUCCGUCCGCCUCCACGCCUCCCUUUUUUUUUUAUUAUUAUCGCUUUAUGCAGCUAAAUGAGGACCGCCAUGACUUUUGAAAAGGCGAAAGUCACCAACGCAGAAGCCACGCGGCGGCUGCACAGUGUGCCAUUGCCCCUGCUGAGGGCGGUGGCGGCACAGCUCCAAGAGGAGCUCCAGCAGGAGCGUCUCGGUCUGCUGGCCGACCAACAUGAAUGGAGCAAGGUAACCAAGCGUGUUGCCGAUGCCACGAAGGAGCUGGCAGCGGCACAGAAGUGCGCUGCGGCUCGCGAGCGGCAGACAGAAAAGGCGUUAGAAUCUCUCGCUCGGACGGAGCAACUUCUCGCGGCGGCGGCGCACAAACGCACGGAGCUCGAGACCGCCAUCGUGGCAAUUCAGCGAGAGAUUUCGCGCAUCACAGCACCUUGCUCAUCGCCAGCUGCGUCUGCCCGUAGCGUGCAGUUCCAUCGCGACGGCGGCGCUCGCGCAGUGAAUCCGCACUGCUCAUCAAGAGAACGGCACCGCGACCUCUCAUCGGAUUCGGCUCCGAUCCCGGUUGACGACCGAGCCAAUCGUGCCGCUGCUGCGGCUCAGCAGGCGAAUUACGCGCAGCAAUGUGCUGCCGCGCAGUACAGGAAAGAGCAGCAGGUGCUUCAACUAGAGCGAGAGAAUCGCGUGAUGCAACACUGCGUCGAGGUGCUGCGCCGCGGCGAUGCGUCCUCGGCGAGACUGUAUCACACACUCGUUGCUGGCUCGAAAGAAACCCAACCAAAUGCGCUCGAAGCAUAG